GCAGUCGCUAAUCAGCUGGGACAACAGCAGUUAAGAGCUAGAUCUAGUGCAGAGCAGGUGCCUUAGCAAUUAAGCAUCGUUAGGCUGAAUCAGUCUCUAACCAAGCGCCACGCUGUAAAAAUGACUCGCUCACUGCACCUGGUGGUAAAUGCAAUAGUUCUGCUGUCCGUAAGUCAGGCGGCCAUAGCUGAGGCACAGCUGGUGGCUGGGCCAGGUGGCAAUGCCACCAAAGCGGUGACAAAGUUACUCAGUCGCCAGAAGCGAUAUCUGGCAUUUCCGGAGGGCUCUUCGGUUUCGGCGGCAAUUUGCCUAACCAUUGGCAUGAUUGGCAAUCCCGAUGUGGACUAUCUCAGCUGGGCCGUCAACUGGGGCGUUGCGUACGACCUGCCUAAUCAUAAUUGGGUUAUACAGCAUGCGCAAGGCUUCGCCAAUCUCACCAAGUCCAUGCUGCAGCGACGCUCGAGGCGCAGUUUCUACGACGAAAUACAGUCCGCAAUCGAUCACAUGGGCUUCAAUGGACGCGCUUGUGUGGCUCGUGCUCUGUGCGAGAGCGCCAAAUACCUGCAUGCUCCCGGCCAGCGUGGCAAUAUGCUGGAAGAGCUGGUUCGCGCCGUGCUUAGCAUGCCCACGUCGCCAGUGAUGGACCAUGAGCCGCGGGCGCAUCACCACUACGACCGCAUCUACAGGCGCUCCAAGCGACAGUCGCGGGACUGCAACGAACUCUAUCCGGGCUGUCACUUUUCGAUGCUGGCUUUGGCUCUGGGUAAAUAUGUGGCAGCUCCAGCGCAGUUUACCAAGCUCAAUUUUAUGUGAAGAACGAAAGUGAACGUGAAUAAAUAUAAAAGAUAAAUAAAAAGAUAAUAAAUGCUAAAAGAUUAAUACCAAAAUGGAUGUAUGUAGAUCAUUAUUUGCUUGACCUAAACAUUCGGUUCGCUCUUGUUAAUAAGCUGAAAUGGAAUUCUUAAAUCCCCUGUUCAAGUCCCAAUUUCAUCACCAA